UUUAAAUUUCUCUAUACAAACUUGAUGUGCGGAGCAGGCUCAAACUUUUUUCCUGCCAUUUGAAAUUUAGAGACACAAGCUCUUUUGUAUUUGCAUAAAUUUUUUCUUCCACUUUCUCUCAUACGUGCUAUCACUUUCUCGAGAAAAAAAUUUCUAAACUUUGUUCAAUUCAACAUGGAAGAUUGGUCCGGAAUCCCGAAAGAACUUCUAGAGUUAAUAGCUAAACGCCUAGAUACCGACUUAGAUGUCUCCCGCUUUCGGUCCGUCUGCUCCACGUGGCGAUCCUCCGUUUCACCGAAACGCCGCCCUUUCUCCGCCCGUUUUCUGUUGCUUCCGGACUACUACACUAAUAUUUCCACUAGCUCCUUCGGGUUCCACCUCUCGAAACGCACCAUUUUUCUUGUCAAAUCACCGCAAAUGGCGACCAGUUGGCUCAUCAAAAUCGAAGAAGACACGCUUAAGAGAAAACGAUUGAUAUAUCCUCUGAAGCGACGCCGUGUUGACUUCAGAAAAGGUAGUAGACAUUCACAAUCUUAAUAUCGUGAAAUCGGACAUGAAUAUGUUCUAAAUUACAUAAAUUGCCCGCCAAGUUCCUAUUUUAUGAACGAAUUAUGUACUUUAUACAUGGAGAAGGUUGUUUUGAUGUAUUUAGGUGAAUGUGAAAGCGAUUCCGAUAUUUUCGUGCUGCUUAGCAUUCAUGUUUCUGGUAAAUUAGCAAUGUUUAAAAGUGGGCAUAAUAAAUGGACAAUAUUACAACACGUGCUGCCAUUCGAGGAUGUGAUAGUGUAUAAAGGGAGAUUUUACGCGGUUGAUAAUACGGGGAGUACUUUUUUUAUUGAUUGUUCGUGUGGUGGUAUGAAUUUAGUUGGAAAUCCUGUGUUUGGUGGUGAUAAGAAGUAUUUGGUUGUGUGUAAGGGUGAUUUGUUGUUGAUUGAUAUGCAUCUAAGCAUUGACGAUGCCACAUUUGAUCCAAAUUUGGAUUGGGAGCAACAACUUGCGGAUUGGGAGCAACAACUUGCGUAUUUUGUGUGGGAGAGGACAGUGAUGUUUAAGGUUUAUAAGUUGGAUGAGGAGAGGAAGAAAUGGGAUGAGGUGAACAAUUUGAAGGAUGAUGUACUGUUUUUGGGUGAAAAUUGUGUUUUUUCACUGUCUGUGGACGAGCUUAGUGUCAGUAGAGGGAAUUGCAUACUUUUUGUUGAUAAUGUCCAUAGUUUGAGUAAGGAUGGGGCAGAUGAUGAUGUUCAUCUUGGUGUAGGUGUAUUUGAUUUAGAGAGUGGUUGUAUUAAGCCGUUAGGAAAUUACCAUGAACUUUCCAAGCUGUUUUGGCCAGCUCCUGGUUGGAUUGCUUCAAGGACAAUGGAAGUUCAAAAUCAAGCAGUUGUACUUAACAUAAUUAGAUAAUUUGAAAUUUACAAUGUUCAGAAGACAAACUUUGCAUCUUUACAGAAGUCGUAUUUCCAUCGGGAUUCCUUAAUUGUCUGAAAAUAUAAACAGCUGCUCAUGACCGAAUGAAGUUUCCAACAAGUUGGAGUCCUUGUAGUGAAUGAGUGCUGUUCGUUCUCCUCAAACGCCCUGGCUUCAAGUUACUUGUUUCUGCCAAGGAUAUACCAGAAGUUAAAUAAGCACUUUCCUUCUCUGUGAAUACUAGGUUCAAUUUCGCUUUCCUUACCACCGAUGAAACAUAAGUGCAAAUAUAUCUGAACCCCUCAGCAUAUUAAGUGCAUUGGUGAUCUUUUUUCUCUCAAUUUGAACAAGGGGCCCGGGAUAGCUUAUCAAUA